GUAACCACGUGCUCGUUUCUGCGGGUCGUUUGCUGCUCGACUCGGCCGCAGAGGGGAAGUGAGAAGAUGCUCAUCAUAAAUAUAGGCACGAGCUGAUGAAAGGGAUCGUGAGCUGGGGCGCAUGAGACGAACGAUGGAGAUCGAAACGGAAACAGACAAAUCACAGCACGGCGAUAAAGUGGCUUCCAUGCUUGGCUUCCUUGUAAGGAGACUUGAAUGACUUGUACGAACCACACGGCCGAGUCAUGUCCACCCCAGCCCUGCGCCGAACACACCGGUUCCGACGGUGACUCGCCGCCCUAUGGCGCGGUUACAACGGCAAGGCUGCGAUAAACUCCCAGGAGGGAUCGGCAGAAGAGGUUAUAUAGAUCAGCAAGGUGUCCCAUUCUUCAACGCAAAUCUUGAAUCUUACUAUCAGCAUCAUCCUGUCUCUUCAGCAAACACUCACUUCUCAUUCCUUUUCAGCCGUCCUUUCACUCCUCGCCGGCGAGACUCUUCACUUGAGUCCAGACACUCUUUUCGGAAAUUCCAGUCAUUAUCGACAUCCAAACCACAUCCAAAAUGCAGUUCAGCACCGUCACCUCGGCCUUUGGCCUUCUCAUGGCCGCCGGCCUCUCCUCCGUCAUGGCCCAGAGCGACGGCGGCGACUCCUCGUCCAGCAUCCAGUUGCCCGACCCUUCCGUCACCAAGCAGAUCCGCUUCCGGUCGGUGGCAUCCGAGUACGGCGCGACCGUUGACUUCAUCACCAACGCCACAUGGCACGAUGGAGACAACCUGCCCACCUUCGUGCUCGACAAGGUCGUCUACAACUACAACAACCUGGGCGGCCGCUUCGUCACCGGCUCCGGCCCUUUCAUCGGCACCACCUCGCUGUGGAUCGGCUUCAACCAGGACACCCCCGGCUCCGUCUCGGGCGAGUCUACCUCGCUCGUCUUCCCCCGCUGGACAUACCUCGCCAGCCCCGACGCCAAGAGCUUCACCGUCCGCAACUACCGCCAGGGUGCCGGCGACAUCUUCGACUGCGGCGACCUGUGCACAUACGAUGACAUUCCCGGCCUCGAGUCCAUCGACAGCGACAGGCCCAGGGUCCGCCGUGAGUUCACUGCUUAG